AUGGAUUCGCCACAACAGGAGAAUGGCCACAAACUCGUGUACACGAAGGACCGGCUGCUCGCCCUCAGGACUACGGCCAAUGUUGGAAUUGUCCCACACCUGCCACGAGAGGCACAUAGAUUUGGACGCUGUUCUCCAUGGUGUCACUCUGAGCCACACAUUCCACGUACUUCCCAUGAAACUGUGACAGCGGAAGCAUUUCCAGUGGAUAGACCAAAGACGGUUUUCUUCUGGGCACCAGUUUUUAAAUGGGGUUUAGUAGUGGCUGGAUUCUCUGAUAUGACCCGGCCACCAGAAAAGCUCAGUGUCUCUCAGUCCUGCGUCAUUACAGCCACAGGAAUAAUUUGGUCAAGGUACUGCUUGGUGAUCAUCCCCAAAAACUGGGCUCUGUUUGCUGUUAACUUCUUUCUAGGCAUGUGUGGAAGCAUUCAGCUCAUAAGAAUAUGGAGGUACAACCAACAGCUCAAGCAGAAAGGAGUGGAAGUGCCACAGCCUUGAAUUGCCACUUAUUCUGACGAGUGGAGUGGUGAUAAAGUUUUGCUUUGUUACUGUAAAAGCAAUGAAUCUGCAUUUUGCACACAUCAGUCAUGUUAUAUAGAUCAAACAAAUAUGCUCUUUCUGUGUAAAAUAGGGAUUUGUUUUUUUUAAACUUCAUAAUCAUUUCAAACUUUAUCACAUAAAAUUGUGAUAUUACGAUUGUAAUUCAUAUGUUUUUGAUUGUAUAUUGUAAUGUGUUGUUAUUCUGAUCCAUCGUUAUUUCUAUAGAUUUCUUAGUUUUAAGGUGGUCAUAUUAUAAUAAUAAUAAUAAUUUUUUAAAAAGUUACUGGAGGUGUGCCUGUGAUAUUAUAAUUUUUUGUGCCAAAACAGUCACUAUUGAAACAGCUAUUGAAAAAAAGCCAAAAAAAUUCUAAUUCUUAGAAUUAACUGGAUAUAUUUUGUUAGUGUGCCUUUAAGAAAAUUAUUUGCAUGUGAAAUUAACUUUAAAUCAAAGUGUGCCACACAAACCUCUAAGAUCAAACUGAAGUGUAUGUUAUGGAUAUCGUAAAACAUAAAAGAAUAACUUAAUAUGCUUUGAGUUCUAAAAGUCACAAUGUAUUUCUAAUGCAUCAAGCUUUUUCUGAAAAGGCUAAGGGAUAAUUUGAUUCCUCAUGAUAUGGCCCCUUUAAAAUCUAACAUAAAAGCUAAUGGUCAUUUGAUAAAACUAACAUCCUGUUGCACUGUAUGCUAAAUCACUGUUACAUUUUUUGCAUUGGAUACUGAGAUGAGAUGAACACAUGCAGUGGGCAAAGGUCAUUACCAAGUCACACACAGACUUUGCCCUUUAUAUGGACAGAACAGACACACAAUGAUAGACAGAAUGUUUUAAAGUGUUGAGCUGUAGUACAAUCUGACACAUAAUAGUAUCUGUCAAUGUACACAUUUAUUAAAGUCAAUAUAACAUGGA